AUGGAUUUUUGUCAUUUGAAGAUAAAUAAUUUUUUUUCAUUUUUGAAAAUAUCAAACAACUUGAAAAACUCACCUACUAAUACAACAUCUAAUACCACUAACCCUUCUAAAACAUCCAAUACUGAAACAACUAAUGCUAAUAUUUCAACAUAUAUCACUAACCCUCCUAUUAAUUCUGAUAAUAUCGCUAACCCUCCUACUCUCAAUGAUAAUAAUUAUUUUGAUUAUGAUUCUUCAGAUUCUAUUGCAAGCAUUUAUAGUAUUUUUUCAAGAAUGAAAAAUAAUCAACAACAACCAUCUCAAUCUCGACAACUAUCUCAAUCUCGACAACAACUAUCUCAAUCUCAACAACCAUCUCAAUCUCAACAGCCAUUUUAA